UCUGGCAGCGGCUGCGGCGGCGGCGGCGGCGCUGGCGGGAGGUGGCCCAGGCAGAGCCGCGCUGCCGGGGGGUGGCGGAGGGCGGGCGAUGCCCCGCGGCCCGGCUUUGCUGCGCGGCUGCCCCUGCGCUUCGCCGCUGCUGCUGCCGCCCUGCCGCGCCCUCGCCCUGCCCCUGCCCCUGCCCCGGGCUCUCGCUGCCGCCGGGCGCGGGCGGGGCGCGGGGCUGGGCUCGGGCGGCGGCGGCGGCGGGUUCCGGCCGUCGCGCGUGGUGGUGGUGGCCAAGACCACGCGCUACGAGUUCGAGCAGCAGCGCUAUCGCUUCGCCGGGCUCUCCGAGGACGACCUGCGCCAGCUGCUGGCACUGAAGGGAUCUAACUACAGUGGACUACUGGAGCGACAUCAUAUUCAUACAAAAAAUGUGGAGCAUGUUGUAGACAGUUUACGGAAUGAGAGGAUUGAGGUCCGCCUUGUUAAGCGUCGCGAAUAUAAUGAAGAGACAGCUCAGUGGGCAGAUGCUGUUAUAUCAGCCGGAGGUGAUGGCACAAUGUUGCUGGCUGCCAGUAAAGUAUUUGACAGAUGUAAGCCAGUUAUUGGAGUAAACACUGAUCCAGAAAGGUCUGAGGGUCACUUGUGUUUACCUGUGCGUUAUACGCACUCCUUUCCAGAUGCUCUACAGAAGCUUUAUCGUGGUGAGUUCAGGUGGCAGUGGCGGCAGAGAAUCAGAUUGUAUCUUGAAGGAACUGGUAUUAAUCCUACUCCUGUAGAUCUGCAUGAACAACAGUUAAGCCAGGAGCAGCACAGCUGGGCCCACAUUAAUGGCAGAUUCCAGGAUCAAAGAUCAGAGAUUUCUGGGCCACAUCUUUUGCCUGUGAGAGCACUAAAUGAAGUAUUUAUUGGAGAAUCUCUAUCAUCCAGGUAUGCUGUGUGUUCUGUCUUAUUCAGGGUGAACUAUAAGUCCUGCAAACCCAGUUUUAAAUUCUCGCUUCAUAGGGCCUCCUACUAUGAGAUAUCUGUUGAUGAUGGUCCAUGGGAAAAACAGAAGAGUUCAGGGCUCAAUGUCUGCACUGGAACUGGAUCAAAAGCUUGGUCCUAUAAUAUUAACAAGGUAGCAAACCAAGCUGUUGAAGAGAUCCUUAAAAUUGUUAAAAAACAUGGGAGUUUGAAUCUUCCAUUGAACAGGGAAUUUAUACAAAAAGUAACAAAUGAAUAUAACGACUCCCUGCUCUAUAGUCCAGAAGAACCAAAGAUGUUUUUCAGUAUUCGAGAACCUAUAGUAAACCGGGUUUUCUCAAGCAGUCGGCAGCGUGGCUUCUCUUCAAAGGUUUGUGUUCGUUCCCGUUGUUGGGAUGCAUGCAUGGUUGUGGACGGAGGAACUUCUUUUGAGUUUAAUGAUGGGGCAGUAGCCUCAAUAUUGAUAGAUACAGAGGAUGCAUUGCGCACAGUUUUGCUAGAAGAUUGAAGGGACUUAAUACUCUCUGAAACUAUCCUAAAUCGUCAACCCAGAGAAGGGACUCUAACCGCAGAGAUGGACGGCUUAUCAGAAGGCUGCAUUAUUUUAGGUUUGAAGGUUUGCUUCUCUGGAAGAUAGUCUUUUGAAAGGAAAACCUGAAAGUGUUUUUCAUUCUUUGGAAGGGGAAAUUUUGGCUAACAGAUUUUAAAGCUUUGUUGCAUCUCACAGAAAGGAAACUUAUCUGAAGUCUUGCAUCUAACCUCAAUAUAAAUUAAUUUUUUAACCUGUAAUGCACAUGGCAGAAUACCUUCUUUUUUUUUUUAAAUUGGGUAGAUGGGUUCAAAUUAAAUAUUAAGUGGUUAACAUUAAAUAUUCAGAUGUACAGUUUUUUAAUAGCAGUCUGGGACUGAUUCAAUCAUACUUCUUAAUCCUUCGUAUGUAUUACACUCUUGUAGGAAAGCAAGCUGUCAAGACUUAUUGACUUGAUCCAAGGAUAAGACUUUGGUAAAUAAAUCCUAACAUUGACCUAACUAAAAUGGAGGUAUGGGCUUUUUAUAUGCUUUUCAAGAAUUGUACAGCUCCAGUGUGAUAUGACUUGUGGAAGAUCUUUUGGUUCUUUCAGUGAUUUUUCUACUCUCUGAUACUUGUACCUUUUAAGAUUUAGAAAAUGCUUUAAUAUCUACAAAGAAACUUUUUUCAUUUUUGCAGGAUGGCUUUCAAGAUCUUCUCUGUUUGGAAAGAGAGAAAUUCACUUGAAACCUUGAGUUUUUGGUUGCUUGCUAGACAUCAUUGUACUGCAAAUUGCUUCAGCCAUAGGAAAUUAUGCUGUCUCCAUGAAUACAUUAAUUGCCCAGCAAGUGUUCUGUAGAUCAGACAGGGAGUAGCAUAUCUGUAUAGUUAAAGUUAAAACACGGCUAUAUUUGGAGAUAGCAAGUAAAAGGUUUUGCUGUUUGGCUACAUUUUGCGUGAAGGUGUAGAAAAUGCAUCUUUCUUCCAAACAUGUGGAACAUGUUUGUGUUCUAGUAGAGGGGGCACAAGGUUAAUAUUGCAUCUAUUUUCCAAUCUGUACAAUAGAAUAAAAAUACUUAACCACUCUGUGAAAUGUUUCAGUAUUCAUGGAUGAAAAAUAAUGUAAGUGCUAAAUUAUUUCCCUGACAUUCAUCAGGGAAGGACCAAUUUACAGUAAAUUCAGUGCUUGCAUGUGUUUGACUACUGCACACCACUUCAUUAUCUGCAGAAAUACAAAAUAUACAAAAAAAACCCCAUGUAAGCAGUUGGAUGGCGAAAGAGUAACCUUCCGUUAUCAUCUGAAGAAACUAAGCCCCACCUUUUUCAAGGUGGUCAUAGCUGCUGAAAUAGUGUAUAGACUAGAUAGCAGAAUUUGUCAGAAAUGGAUCUUGCUAGAAUUGGAACUCUUGCAUGUGACUUACAGCAACAAAACAUUUGUUUGUACUACAGAUCUAAGAUUUCUAGUGCAGAGCUAGUCAGAAAGUCUAAUUGCAGUGCAUUCAUUGUUUACAUUUCCAAAUUUGAAAGUAGGAAGGCUAAUUCCCUUUAACACAAUGAGAAAAUAAAUUUAUUCUCUCAGUACAAAGUCUGAAAACUUAAAUGUGAAGAGUUUCAAAAUGGCUGCUUAGUUUACUUUAGGAAAACGGUUCAUGAAAUUGGUGAAUGGAUGGAGUCAUUGUAAUGAAUUCAGUUGUAAUUAGAAGUCUGUGCACACCUUGGGUUAUAAAACCCCCCUUUUUAAAAAUGUUCUGAAGGUUGAAGUGUUGCAUAAAAAAUUUGGCAUUUGAAAGACUGCUGAAGUGCAACUGGGGAGUGGAAUCAAAUUGGCUUUUCACAAACCAUUGAAUCCAUUGGGAUUUGAAUGUUACAAAACUAAAGCUUUUCUGCAUGUACCAUAAAUAACCUGCAUGGGUUUCUUGUUUUUUUUUUUAAGUAAGGGUUAGUCCAUGUUAUGGCUUAAUUUCUAAAAGAUUGUGAUUGCAGGAGCUAGUGUGUUCCAGUUAUUUCACAAAGUGCCUCUUGACUGUAUUUGCACACUACCAGUCAGUACACUGCUUUGGUAAAACAUUUUCAUGAAUAAACACUUACAUGAUUGACUGUGA